CUUCAUGACCCUCCCAAUCGCCCAAAUUCUUUCGCAUAGAACACUACUUCACGAAAUUCUGCUGUUGUAAAACCGCUGUUCUUUGUAUAUUUUAUCCUAGUCCCAACCGCACACAUGGCAGACACUACCCAACAACCCUCUACUGCAAACAUAGCAGCCGCAUGCGCCAUACUCGCCGGUGUAACGGGCUACAUGCUCGGGCAAGCAAAGUCACUUGGUUUCCUCGGGGGCAGCCCAAUCUCUCAACCAAACAAAUCCGAGAAGAAAGAAAAAGCCGAAGACUCGGAAGAUUCAGAAGACGAGUCGAGCGAUGAAGACGAAGAUAGUGCGCCUGCAGAGUUCCCAGGCCACAACGAAGAGUGCAAGAUGGUAUUGGUAGUGCGAACAGAUCUUGGCAUGACAAAAGGCAAGAUUGGCGCACAAUGCGGACACGCGACACUGGCCUGCUACAAGCACUUCCUCCGACACGCGCCGGAAUCGACGUUACUGAAGCGCUGGGAACGGAUGGGGCAAGCCAAGGUGGCAUUGCAAGUCAAGAGUGAAGAAGAGUUGGAGUUGUUGCAGGCGCAGGCACUGAGUCUAGGAUUGGUGGCACACAUUAUCCACGAUGCGGGACGGACACAAAUCGCGAGUGGAAGUGCGACAGUGCUGGGUAUUGGCCCUGCACCCAAAGGCGUCAUAGAUCAGGUUACUGGGCACCUCAAGUUGCUGUAAAGGGGCCUCAUAUAUGGCGCUGCGUGCGACCCUGUCGACCAACGCAGUGGAAUCAACUGAAAGGGCCUGGUGACGCCACGUCUCGAACAUGACUCGUAUGCAUACCCGAGAGCCCU